GUAUCACAAUCAAGUAUGGCACAAUCAACCCAAAUCAGUAGAUUGUAUCUCCUAAUCUACAACACCGCAUGUGCUAUUCUUUGGGCCCGCAUCCUCCUGACAACCAUCUCAACCUUAAUCACAUCCGACAUCUCAACAGUCUACACAAACCUCGAGCCAUGGACAAGAUACGCCCAGACCAUAGCCGUGGCUGAAAUCCUGCACGCUGCAACAGGAAUUGUCCGCUCUCCCGUAUUCACCACCUUUACCCAGGUCUUUGCCCGCUCCGUCCAGGUCUGGGCUAUUGACUAUGCCUUUCCCGGUGUGACAGCGCCUUCUUUGGCGUACCCGGCUAUGCUCCUUGCCUGGGCCUCUGCUGAUACUGUCCGGUAUCUUUAUUUCGCUAUCAUGUUGGCGGAUUAUCCCAUUCCUCCUGUUUUGAAAUUCGCAAGAUAUUCUCUGUUUAUCGUUUUGUACCCUGUUGGUAUCAGCAGCGAAUGGUGGCUGAUGUAUAAGGCGACCACUGUCACCAACAAUUGGGCGGUCGCUGGAAUCUUCUACUUUUUCCUAGGUCUUUAUGUUCCUGGCUCGGUGAUGAUGUACUCGUACAUGCUGAAACAGAGACGGAAGGUUUUGGCUGUUUGA